GUGGGUACGCCUCUUCCGACCGUUUGAGGUACGGUGGCAGAACACAAUACGGGAGUCGCUUUGCUACAAAUCCGUUUUUUCUAACCCAACAGUUUAUUGCACUGGCGCCGGUCAUCCGCUCCUACGAGGAUGUGAGAUGGUACCUGUGUGAUCCAAUCCAAAACCUAACCAGAGCCACGGGGAAAGCCGUCUGGAUCCUCGCCAAACCCCAGAACCGAAAGAAGAAACCCAACCCUCCUUUGAUUACGCACCGAGAGGGGGAGCACGUUGAUAUUGUGACAGCCGGGAGUGUACUUUACAAACUCCCUUGUGCCAGGGCUGGAAGCUUUAAACUUAGCCUUUUUAUGUUGAUGAUCCGUUCUAAAAUUGGUCUUUUUAACGAUACGCACGGCCAAGGUGCGCUGAAGACUUAGCAUAUUUUUGUCCAGAAAAUGCUCAGCCAUCCCGAUAUUUGGAACAGACAAUAUGAACCAUGAUUAAACUACCGAAAUCUCCCGUUGCUUGUACCCAAAGCUGUUCUUCGACCCCAGAUCAUCUUGACAGCCAUCUGAUUUUUAAUUGUGGAAGUAGGAGCCGGAAAACAUCUUACUUUUGAUCACUAACGAGGAACAUAUCGGGACACGAUUUGGGCUGAUACACAGGGAUUUGAUUGUAUCUGUAUCUACUUUCCGUGAUUCGCGUCGACAUCCAACGGGAGUUUGAUGGACCUCGAGAAUAUAGUGGCAAACACAGUAUUGCUUAAGGCCAGAGAAGAGCGAAGGGGCACAGCGGAGCAGGAGAGCCGUAACUCGCAGGAAAGGCACGGCUUGCCAUGACAGCACGGCUCACACCCUGCCUGAGAGCAGCAGGACGUCAUCAGGGAAAGCGAAAUGCGCGGAAUGAAUGCGCACCAUUCAGAAGCUGUUCGCUCGCGGAGGCGGGAAGCGGAAAGGACGGAGCAAGAAAUGGAAGGAGAUCCUGCGCUUUCCGCAUAUCAGCCAGUGCGUGGAGUUGGGCAGCAGCCUCGAGCGCGACUACCUCAGCCUGUGCGAGAAGCAGCCCAUUGGCCGCCAGCUGUUCCGCCUCUUCUGCGAGACCCGGCUCGAGCUGAUGAACUGCAUCCAGCUGCUGGAUGCCAUGGACCACUACGAGGUCACAGCUGACGAGAAGCGAAGGAGCCGAGGAGAGUCCAUCAUCCGGAGGUUCCUCAGUGUGGAGUCGUCGGAGUUUGUGCUGGAGGUAGCGGAGGAGCACGCACAGCAGUGCCGGGACAACCUGGAGCUCAGUCCCUGUAAAGAGCUCUUCAGUGACUGUCGUAGAUCUCUUCACGAGUAUUUAGGUGGAAGCCCCUUUAAAGACUAUCAAGAAAGCAUGUAUUUCGACCGUUUUUUACAGUGGAAGAUGCUGGAGAGACAGCACAUAACAAAAGACACGUUUCGACAGUAUCGUGUUCUGGGAAAGGGUGGUUUUGGAGAGGUGUGUGCCUGCCAGGUACGAGCCACGGGGAAGAUGUAUGCCUGCAAGAAGAUGGAGAAGAAGCGCAUCAAGAAGCGGAAGGGUGAGGCCAUGGCUCUUAACGAGAAGCAGAUCCUUGAGAAAGUCAAUAGUCGAUUUGUGGUAAGCCUGGCCUAUGCCUUCGAGACCAAAGAGGCUCUCUGUUUGGUGCUGACCAUCAUGAACGGAGGGGAUCUGAAGUUCCACAUAUACAACAUGGGCACGCCAGGCUUCAAGAAGGAGAGGGUUCAGUUCUAUGCCGCUGAGAUCUGCUGUGGUCUUGAACACCUGCACCGGGAGUCCAUAGUCUACAGGGAUUUAAAACCUGAAAAUAUACUUUUAGACGACAAUGGACACAUCAGGAUAUCAGACUUAGGACUGGCCUUCAAGGUGCCUGACGGGGAGCUCAUCCGGGGCAAAGUGGGCACCGUGGGUUACAUGGCCCCAGAGGUGAUUAACAACGAGCGGUAUGGCAUGAGCCCCGACUGGUGGGGGCUGGGCUGCCUCAUCUACGAGAUGACCAUGGGUCACUCACCAUUCCGUGGACACAAGGAGCGCGUGAAGCGGGAGGACGUGGAGAAACGGCUGCUGGAGCAGCAGGAGGUGUACAAUGAGCGAUUCACCGAGCACACCGAGGACAUCUGCAGGAAGCUGCUGACCAAAAAUCCAAGGAAAAGGUUGGGCUGCCAGGGGGACAGUGCGGCUGAGGUGAAGAGCCACCCCUUCUUCAAGAACAUCAACUUCAAAAGGCUCGAGGCUGGCAUCUUGGAGCCCUCCUUUGUGCCUGAUCCGAGAGCUGUCUACUGCAGAGAUGUCCUGGACAUUGAGCAGUUCUCCACCGUAAAGGGUGUCAACCUGGACCAAACUGACAAUGAAUUCUACUCCACGUUCGCUACAGGCAGCGUCUCCAUUCCUUGGCAGAAUGAGAUGAUUGAGACCGAGUGCUUUAAAGACCUGAAUGUAUUUGGGUCCCAUGGCACACGGCCCCCCGAUCUGGACUGGACACAGGCACCAGAGCCCCCACGCCGUGGCCUGCUGGACAGGUUCUUCAGGAGACAUCAGGGAGAAUUUUCCAUUAACCAGACCAGGGUCUCGUCUUCCAGCGUGAAUUCUGUGGAUUCUAUAUCGAACUCUGCCCCCUAGUGGAGGGCCUCGGAGAGAGGCGGCAGAGGAGAAUUAUACUUCGAGACACGGCAGCCUUAUUCGAUCGCCUCACACAGAGCCACCGGUUGUCCCCAAUAAGCCGGGGACUGUGAAUCCAAUGGAGUGAGCCAGACAUCUGAGAUGUGGGAAGACGGUCGAAGAGCAAACAAGCAGUCACCUCAUACACCCUCAGGAUCACUGGGCCACCAAACAGCCCCUGCUGAAAUUCAGGGGAUCCGGUUUUAAUAGCCCAUCACAGGGAAAAGAAGCUGGUGUCUCUUUGACUUCUGAAACACACAGAAUGUCUCUCCUUAUCUUCUUUUCAGUCUCUUUUGUUUUCUUUCACACACAGACAAGCACAAACACCUGUAUACAACACCACCAACCUCAAGACAAACUGCAUUUCGUCUUGCAUUAUCUCAGGCCAAAGAUUGUUUUAAUGACAUUUUAGUUGUUUUCAUAUUAUAAAUGUUACAUUCUUUUGUACAGGCACAAUUCCGCAGGAAAAUUAAUAGACACGAUUUUUACUCAGCUGUUAGUAAACCGGAUACGUUGGCCAACAUGUUAGAUAUAACUAAGAUUCAGGCAACGGUUGGUUUCUAGCUGUUGGCAGCUGUUCAGAGAAAUGUGUGGGGAGCACAGUGUGUCUGAGGGACUUGGGGAAAAAGCACAUCAGAAGUACUGCAGGGGAUCAUACAGGGAGUGGAUAGACACACACAGCACCAUAGCAUGGCCGAUUAGCAUCAUCAGAAUGGUCGCAGGACAGUAGCAGCCCUGUUUUCAGUGGGAAUCCCCCCCAGCUCAACAGGACCAGACAGACUCUCAGUGUCAAGGACUUCAGAACACAAAAUCCAGACACCCCUAAAUGAGGUUCAUAACGUCACUGUAGGGCUGGACACCUCAACUUUUAUACACGGUUACAUGCCGCAUAAUAGAGUGACUUCAAAUUUCGUAGAAUAAAAGAAUAAAGCAUAAUUUGAUAUUUUUUCAUCAGUAUUUCCUCUAUGCAUUAUUUAAAGUGUGAAACGAAGACCUUUGAUGAUCACAAUUAGCUACUUAGUUAAAUGGUAUUGUCAACAAUAAACUUAUUCCUGAACGAAAA